AUGACUCAAAGCUUGUUAAUUGAGCGUCUCACCGAUAAAGAACCAAGUGAUGAAUUACGACAAGUAACGUGUGAUGAGGAGAACGCGACUGUCACUUUUCCUCAAGAACCUGAGGCUACAGAGUACGCUACGGAAAAGAUUGUGAGAUCGCUUAGUUUGAAGUCAUCAUCUGCUGGGCUAGAGACUUACACUAUGGUGUGGUCAUUGCGUCCGUUUGUAGAAGGCGAGAUUAUGAACAGAGCAUGGAAAUGGAUUUACUAAUACACUUUCUCUUCCAGUUUUGACUGAUUAUUAGUUUGUUUCCAUUAGUUAGUUAAUCAUUUUCAUUGACACACAAAACAAAUAAAAAACAAAUGUAUUUUUGAUCAUAAAAAUGGUACCAAAGCCAUUUUCUCUCGGAUGUAAUGGUAAUUCAAUAUCAUUGUGCUUUGUUCU